GGAAAAACCAAACAAUGUUAUCCCAUACUUAUUACUCAUCCCACCCUUACUACUCGGGUGCGCGACCGCACUGGCAAGAAUGCCACGUCUGACUUUCGCAGUGCUCAGUGGCAUACAGCUUCUCGCUCGUGUAUCAGCUCAAACAUGGUGUAAUAAGCACUACAUGGCCAAUCAGUCUGUUGUCCCACCAGGAGGCGAAUUCACUAUCCCAGCUGUGUCAGACGUCCCACUUCUUGCCUUCCGGUGUGCGGCUGCUGUAAAACCUUACUUGGAAGAGGAUAUAGGCACACCUGCAGGCGUCCUCAUUGAUUCACCCGUGGUGUACUCAGAGAUAGUCGGGGCACAACCAAUCGGCCUCCCCGCAGGGCCUCUUUCCAGUGCAGGACAAUUGGACGUCACUGUGAGCCUGAAUGGAAAGACUCUCGUCAAUGCGCUUGUCCCACUCAAUGCUUCUGCAUAUGAGCUACCAUUUAGCCUUGAUGGGAUCACUCCUCAGAUGACCCCGUACAACCUUUCUUGUGGAGCCACAUACCUGGCAAGCAACUCAACAAGUUCAUCGUCACUUCAGACCUACAACGCUUCGGCAGCUCUUUCUGUGCUCCCUAAUCCGACCAACAGCUCUGUGACUAAGAUGGAUUUAAGGACUGGAGCACUUCUGGUAAAGCCAGCAACUGGGCUAGGUGGAGAGUACGAGCCAAUCUUUCCGGUUGGCUUCUAUACGACCUUUGAUGGAUACCUCUCAACAAAUAUUUCGGUGGUUGAUACGCUGAAAGAACAAGGGUUCAACAUUAUUCAUAUUGUCCCCACAUUCGACAAUAUGACCGCCUUUGAAAUGGUUCUCGAUCGUAUGCAAGAAGUCGGCAUGUAUCUCAUGUAUGAUAUGCGAUUCACCUACAUGAACAACACCUCCGUGAUGGAACAGGUGAAUUCUAUCAAGUAUCGUCCCAACCUCCUACUAUGGUACACCGGUGAUGAACCAGACGGAACCUCAGACCCACUGAACGCCACGAGUAUUGCAUACGACCUCAUCUACAGCCUGGAUGGUUAUCAUCCUGUCAGUCUUGUGCUGAAUUGCCAGGACUACGAAUGGGCCUCGUACACUGCAGGCACAGAUAUCGUCAUGCAAGACGUGUACAUGAUCGGGAACAAUGUCACCUGGUCCAAUGAGUGGAACACGACUUGCACACCCGACUAUGGUGACUGCGGUUGCGACAAUUGCUUCAGCAUUCCUGCCGGAAAUAGCGCUGCUGUUUCACCCAACUCUACCUAUUAUGAAAGCGUCGUUCCCGCAAACAGCGGUAUCGGUUCGUACUUUGAUAUCAGCGACCGGGUUGCCAGCUUCCAAAAUCGACUGGAGGUGAUGGGAUGGGAACGUACCAAAGCGGUAUGGACUGUUCCUCAAGCUUUUGGCACUGCACAAUAUUGGACGCGGACUCCUACAGGCGAAGAAUGGGUUGUCCAGAGCAUCAUGGGCAUUAAUCAAGGUGCUCUGGGUGUUGUCCCCUGGGUAGAUCCGAACCCCGAAUACAUCAAAGUGGCGGCGUCCGCGUUCGCGCUGAGCUUACCGAAGUUCACAUCAUAUAUCUUCAACGCUACCUCGCCUCGGAGCAACUAUUUAGUCGGGGGCGUUGACAUUGCUACUUGGGCGGCAGGACUUGGGACGCUCGUCCUUGCUACCAAUACUGACUAUGUCACCUCGAAUGUGACCUGGGCAGACAUCGGACUCUUUGGCGCUGGUGUUGAGGUUGUGUACACGAGCGGAAGUGUCAACACAACGGGUGACAGUUUCACGCUUGGUAGCGUGGCCUCUGCGGCCUUUGUGGUCAGUUCAACAUAAUCCCUGAUGCAGAAUGCGGACAACAAUAGAUGGACAUUUCAUACUUAGUCUAGCUUGAUGAUUGAAAAUACCAUGGACGAUGACAUCGCCGCCAAAAAAAAAUGAAACAUAUGAAAGUGAUUAUAACAUUGCAAACUAUAUCUAUAGCUCCAUUACAUGUGUAUAACGUGUAACACCUUCAAACGCCAAGUCUGCCUUCGUUUUAUACGAGGAUUGAUCUUGGGAUAUUUGGUAC